GCAAGGCAGCAGAACAUUUCUUUCGACCUAAUUUUGUCUGAACUGAGUGAAAGAGAGCGCGCAUGUGUUUGGAAUCGUGUCUUCGUCUCAUCGUCUCAUUCACAAUUCAUUCUGAUCUGGAAGAGAGAGGACGGGAGAUUCAAGUUUACUUCCUUUCUACUGUCAACUGUAUGAAUCUUAAUUUUUUCAAACUGAACAAAAUGAGUGUAGCAACAUCGAAUGGAUAUCCAGUUUUAUGCCGCGUGUGUGGCGAUCGUGCCUCCGGGUUUCACUACGGUGUACAUGCAUGUGAAGGUUGCAAGGGUUUCUUCCGCCGCAGCAUUCAGCAUAACGUCAAGUACAGAAUCUGUAACAAGGGCGACGAGUGCCUGAUCAUGCGAAUCAAUCGCAAUAGAUGCCAAUAUUGUCGGUUGAAGAAAUGUUUAUCGGUUGGAAUGUCAAAAGAUGCUGUGCGUCUUGGUCGGUGUCCAAAGAAGUGCAAGCCAUUAGGCACACCAAUCCCAUCACCGCCACGUUCUCCCCACGGAGACAACCAGUCAAAUCUAGAAGACACGCAGAUGCGAAUGGAACAGCUGAUACUGAGUAUUCAUGAAGCACAGAAAAAAACCUCGUGGGAUGGUGGAGUACUAGGCAGAUGGAAUGAGAAUGUUCCAAAUAUGUUUAAUAUCUUCAUGUCUGUAGACCGGGCCGGAUUGAAGCUCCCCCAUCACGUCGAGGAAUUACAGCUUCAGGUUGUAGCUGCUCUUCAGUCGCAGAUGCUAUUAAAUCACCCGUUCGAUCGUGCAGUGUUUCCACGGCUCAUGACCAGACUGUCGGACAUCCGUCAAUUCAGCGUCAUCAACUCGGACAAAAUGUUGAACGUGUUCGACGGACACCAACCAUGCUAACCUGCCACUUAAAAAAAAAGAAAGACUAUGGUAGAAGUUCUUUGUGGCAAUUAGAAAAACAUUUAUUUAAUUUUUGGAAUAUUUAAGUUUCCUCUUUGUAAAAGAUUAUUUGUUGGAAAUUUGUGCUAAAAUUUGAAAGAAAUAUCUUUAAAAAAAAUUAUUGAUACCUUUCACCUUUGUAACCUUUGUAUUUUUUUUACUGAUUUUAUUUCUGUAUUGCAUUUAUGUAUGUAGUAUUUAUUCAUAAAUUCAAUACACAUCGCUUCAUUGCUAAAGGACAAGUUUAGCAUAUUAUAAAGCUUCAUUGUAAAGUAAGAUAAUGAUAAUUUGAUAAUUGUGAAAUGUACCUAGAAACAAAAAUUUAUUGAUUUCUAGACCAAUUAUUCCAAAAAGAUAGAUCACAAAUUGAGUGUCGUCAUACUUAUGUUAAACAUUUAACUGUAUUUCCUUUGUGUCAAAAACAGGUCAUACACAGCUGAUCAUGCAAGUUGGUAUAUGUUUAUUCCCUUUGGAUUUAAAAUGUCUCUCAAUAAUAGAACUUGUAAGCCAUUAAAUAUUGGAACGUGUUAAUGAGAGAACUCAUUUUGUCCUACCACUGUUAAUCUUUGCGCCAACUUUUAACAAAUAACUUGUAAAUACACGCAAGGACAAAUAAAAUUCUCCGGCUUUACUCGCACCUGUGCAUACAUAUUGUAUCACGUAUCACGUUGACUGUUUCUAUGUUCUUUUUUUUUUUAAGUUUAGUUUUGGGUAUUUAAAGAGAGUAGUGUAUUACUGGUGUGGAGAGGGUAGGGCUUGGGGAUGCAAGCUCUCAAAAUAAGCUUGCGGGCCCCCUUCCUAGAAAUUUGCUUAGAUGAAAAGUUACAAUUAAGUAUAAUUUCACGUUAUUUUGCCAUCUAAAUCUCCGCUCUCUUAAUCAUCGAAGCCCCCACUUAGCCUUGUUGCCACCACCAGCACCCCUCCCUCCCUAUCAAUGCUGCUUUAUAUGCCACUAUUUACUGACCUGUGCUAUAUACUGUUAAGUUCUGUAUUCUCGCAUGUUUUGUAUUAUUUCAUUCACUAAUGAAGCUACUGUAGAAUUACCAGUAUUAUCAAAAAUCAGAAAAUAUAUGUAAAUUAAAAUUAAAUAUUGUACUGUAAAAACAAUACUCUAAAAAUAUGGAAUUUGUCUGAAAAUGUAAGUUGUUUAUUCCUUUCCAUGCUGCAGUUACACACAUUGGCUUAUUUUUCAAUAAGUUGUGUACUGAAGUGUCAAAUUAAGUGAGCACUGUACUCCCCCCCCCCCCCCCAUCAGCACUGUGAUUGGAAGCAUGUACUGUAAAAUACUAUUAUCUUGCAAUCAAGUAAUGAAAUAUAUCAUUCCUGCUUCUUUAAAAAUCAUAUUAUUGUAGUUUUAAGUGUCCAUGGCUAUUGAAAGUCAAGGAAAAUAACCAUACACUUAUACUACCCUCUGCAUUUUUAUAAAACAUUAUUUAGCAGUUGGUAAUCUUAACUGAAUACUUUUUCAACAACUCAUCAAUAAAACUGGCUUUUAAAGGGGCAAGAUUAUUUGAAUUGUUAUAAAUUUUAACCGUUUAUGUAUUUAUUACAACAGUUAGGAUAAAAAAAAAGAAAUUAAAAAAAGCCCUCCUAAAG